UCCCUAGCAGAGAGAGGAAAUACUCUCUCUCUCUAAAAAAAAUUCUCCCUUUCUCUCUCUAAAAAGGUCACCACCCCUAUAUAUAUAUACAUAAUUCUAUCUGGGUAUUUCUUCAUUGUGUUAGAUACAUAUUAUUUGUAUCUGGGGUUCUCUUGAUUUGGGUGUUUUUUGAGAGAUUUGGAUUCUUUUUUUGUUCGAAUUGAUCGGACGGUGGAGAAAUUGAGUUAAGGUAUUAUGCAGGCUGAUCAGACCGUGUUAAGUUUGAGACCAGGUGGUGGUAACAGAGGUGGUGGAAGCAGAGUGCUUGGCCCUCGCUUUGAACCUUCCUCGACUAAUUCAGAUCUCCCUUUGCUUCGUCCACAUGGCGGUUCUUCAUCUAUUUCAUCUUUCAAGACUGGAGACUCACGUUUUGAGGGCCGUGAGCGUGUUAGGUAUACUCGAGAUCAGCUGCUGCAACUGAGGGAGGUGGUUGCCAUUUCUGAUGAUAUCCUUCGAAUCAAACAAGAAGUUGAAUCUGAAUUGUUUGGUGAAGAUGGCAGUCGAAGUCGUGCAGACACCAAUGUGCAGGUCCAAUCUCAGACUCGUUAUUCUGAGCCAGAUAGCCGUGACUGGCGUAGCAAGUCAUCACAAUUUUCUGCCCCCACAGAGGACAGAUCAUGGGACACUCUACGAGAAAACAGAGAAUUUGGUGGCAAGCAAGAACAGCUUAACUCACAGUUCGCAAGAACUCAAAUAUCUCCCAACCAAGGGGGAGGACCUGCUCCUACACUUGUCAAAGCUGAGCUGCCAUGGUCAGUUCGAAGAGGCAAUCUUUCUGACGAAGCUCGUGUCUUGAAGACUGUGAAGGGUAUCCUCAACAAGCUGACUCCAGAGAAGUUUGAUCUCCUCAAAGGUCAACUGAUAGAUUCAGGGAUAACAAGUGCAGACAUUCUAAAGGGUGUUAUUUCCUUGAUAUUUGACAAAGCUGUGUUGGAACCAACAUUUUGCCCGAUGUAUGCCCAACUGUGUUCUGAUCUUAAUGAAAAGCUGCCUCCAUUUCCCUCUGAUGAACCUGGUGGCAAAGAGAUUACGUUCAAGCGCCUUCUGUUGAAUAUCUGUCAGGAGGCAUUUGAAGGUGCUCACAAGCUGCGAGAAGAGGCGAGGCAAAUGACAGCCACUGAUCAGGAGUCAGAACGCAAGGACAAAGAAAGGUUGAUCAAAUUGCGGACUCUUGGCAAUAUUAAGCUUAUUGGCGAGCUUUUGAAGCAAAAGAUGGUCCCUGAAAAGAUUGUUCACCACAUUGUUCAGGAACUAUUAGGACAAGAUCCCACAAGCUGUCCGGAAGAAGAGAACGUUGAAGCCAUCUGUCAGUUCUUCAACACCAUUGGCAAGCAGCUUGAUGAGAACCAAAAAUCAAGGCGCAUCAACGAUAUGUACUUUAAUCGGUUGAAGGAACUAUCAACGAACCCCCAGUUGGCUCCCCGACUGCGGUUUAUGGUUCGUAAUGUGCUGGACUUACGUUCCAAUAGCUGGAUCCCUAGGCGGGAAGAGGUGAAAGCAAAAACCAUCACGGAGAUUCAUUCUGAAGCAGAAAAGACCUUGGGCUUGCGUCCUGGUGCCACUGCAAGCAUGAGAAAUUCUCGUGGUCCUCCGGCUCAAGGGAGUUUGAAUAUAUGUCAGGAUCAUCAGCAGACGCUCCGUUGA